CGUGCAGGAGCGGGAGGAGCUGCGCCAGCGUCUAAGCUGCCACUCGUUCCGGUGGUACCUGGAGAACGUGUACCCGGAGCUGGCCGUGCCGGACGUGGGCGACCGCGAGCACGGCUCCAUACAGCAGGGUAACGUCUGUAUGGACACGCUGGGUCACAGCAAGAAUGACACAGUGGGUCUGUACACCUGCCACGGAACGGGCGGUAACCAGGCCUGGUCAUACACGGACCAGCAGACCAUCCGCCACCUGGGCCUGUGCCUCACGCUGCCCGGCGGCCGGCCCGGCACCCAGCUCCGACUGCUGCCCUGCACAAACGGCCACGACCAGAAGUGGGAGCGGCGCGCCGGUGCGCUGCGACACGUGCUGCGGGACCUGUGUGUGGACUCGAGCUCAGCCGGCGGCGCGCUGACGGCGGCUCGCUGCUCGCCGCGCGCCCGCAGCCAGCGCUGGACCUUCAUCACUGGGCGGGCGUGAUGCGCUGGCUGGCGGCGCGCUGCUCAUCAGGACCUGGCGGCCGGCUGCUACCUCCGACGGUAGUGCUGCUGCUGUCCUGGACAAGGCCGUUAUCAUGUGGCACAGAGGUUUUGUCAUUUUGGAGCGAGUUGCUCUCCUUUGGGAGCUCCCACCCAUUCGUGUCAGCGGUAUCGUCUCAGCUGCAGGGGAAGGGGCGGGGAGCUGGGGCAGUCUGGCCGGCCAUGGCCGGGCCGCGGCUCCGCCAUGUGACGCCAACCUGCCGAGUGGGGGCCGUGUGUGUGGGUGUGAGACGCACGUGGGGCACAGGCCGCCCGGCGCGUCAGGUCGGCUGGCGCCCCCAUUCCCGUGACCUGUGAUCAGUUGUGACGUCGCAGUAUGGGCCCGUCGGGAGGUCUCGUAACCGGUGCGGCGGAUCGCUGGGGUACCUGCUGUGUGUGCCGGUCGCAGGGCGCGCGCCCGCCGUUGACGGGAGUUCCCUAUGGACAGGGACGCGUUGACAGAGGCUCUCAUAGCUGCAGAUCGGGCAGCCGCUCGCCCCUGCUGAUGACUAUGGCGAACAUUCAAGCACUUCAUCAGCAGGUGGUCAUAUGUUGUGAGCCGCAUGCGUGGAGCUUGUUAGACAACUUUUGCCAUCGUAUCAUGUAGUGCCGUGUGCACAUGACUCCGCUGGGGAGGCUCGAUAUCUUCCCGUCGGUGGUUCCAUCAGUGGUGUCCUUAGGCGCCGUUAAGAGUCAAAUGUUUCAUGAUUAUGUAACUGUGAUACCCGAGUUGUAUUAAGACGACACGUUUCCCCGGGCCAGCCCCGUUCCUGGCGGUGGUCGCGGGGCUCUGGUAGCGCCACUUGCCACGUGUGAGCGUGCGGAGGAGGAGGCAGGCUUCCAUUCCGACAAUCAUCGAUGUCUGAGCGCCGGCGAUCUCCGCGUAGUGUCAGAACGUGUGGCCGAACAGGGGGCAACAUUGGCGGGUGAGUGCGUGCAGGGUAAUACGCCUGCGCUGCUGGUGUGGUCACCGAAGCUGACAACCUCCGGCAACCAGUCAUGUGCCGGGUCAACGAUGAGCUUAGUGGUGGAGCUUUCCUGUCGCUGCCGCCGACAUCCCCGUGGGUUGAGCGGCAGCCGCCGUGGCCGCCGCCGGCCGAUGACGGAACACUAACGAAGUGUCAGUGGUGCGCGCUGGUGUCCUCCCGCGUGCCGAGCUGGUGCUCCCGGGCGGUGGGAGGCGGCGCGAGAUACGCGCUGGCGGCCACUCCUGAACCCUGACCAGUACAGCUAGUCAGCUGCCAACGCGGGCCCGUUUUCGGGUGUCGACUAUAGUCAUCGCCGGUCGCAGUGCAUAAUACACCCUUCGUUUUGUCCGCGGGGUCUUGAAGUGAGCAAGUGCAGCAGAUGUCGAACGACUCACGGGAACUGAUGAUCGGCCAGCUUAAGGAGUUACCAACGCGGCGCGCCGCAGCUGGGGCGCUGUACGGCUCAGGUCGUGGUGUUGUUGGGCACUGCUACUCGGCUCCGGCCUGUGUUAUUCGUGGUCGCCUCGAUAGCUCAGGUGCUUGGAGCGCCUGUAUUCCGCACCAGCCACCGGGAUGGGUUUGGGU